UUGUGCGAAAUCAUCUACAUCACAAUCAAGUACGAGUUUAUAGGCGAACACGACACGCAUCGGUGCGUGUGCUGAUAACAAGUUUCGGGUUAUUUUCUGCCCCUAUGUUGCCUUGUUGGUGGUAGACAUUCAACGGAUGUCAUAUGUCACUUGUAAUCUGACUGUUCGCUCGACGGCAAACAAUUCCCAUUAGGCUACGCCGUUCCAUUUCGCGAACGUUUUGGUUAUAGUCUGACAACUUACAGGCGAAUAGAAACAUGAACGGCGUUCAACUUAUUUCGAGCGCAUACCAUGUCUGAAGAAUUCUACAAUAGAUUAACACUGAGCGGCGAAGAAAACAGAACAGUGCUUAACAACAGCGUAGAUAAUCUCUCACACAGACAUGGUUGUCAAUAUUCCUCUCAAGCGAACGCGUCCGAGGUAACAGCCGCGAAUUCACGACCGUAUCGAAUUGAUAACCGAGUUGAAAGAACGGAAGUAAAUCUACAUUUAAAACAUCGGACCCUCAGACGGAGCACUACUUCAGAAUCAGCGAGUUCUCGUGGGCGACAUAGAGCAAACGACCAAAACAGGCAUUUAGUUCAUGCGAAUGAUGAUUUGCGGACAUAUCGUACAAGUUCUGGCGGUAGUUACGAAGGGGAAGAAAGGCGAUCUCUUGUUUUUUCGAAUGCAAACGAGUGCGACAGUGGGGCAGUUUUAGAUCGCAGUUACAUGCCUGAAAUUCCACGAGCAACUCCAGCUAGCAAUGAGCAAGCUGUAGUGGUGGGGGCAGAAAACAGUAAAGCUUUAGUAGAAAGAAUGAAUUCGUAUGGCGGUUCUGAAUGGAAUGAUGCAAAUCUAUCACCAUCAUUGACAAAAUACAAUUGCGAAGGAGUACCGUACGCGAACUAUACACAGCCGUCAAGCAAACAGGCUCAGCUAUGUCCACACGUCAAAGGUCAGCAACAAGAGGGUUUGCGAGAAGACAACAACAACGUGUCCUGUGUUUCGUUUACCGAUCGUGAUGACAAGAGAUACAACCCAACCUCAGCUAAACAUCACCUUGCCAGUAGAUACACUGACAGAUAUAUGAUGUACCAUCCUGGGGAUUUGGAGCGACAAUAUAGGACCGAUGACCCACCAUCCAACUAUUAUUUCGGUAUUCAAACCGAAAACAUGAUGCGAUUGAAAAAUAGAAGUAGGGAGAAAAACGGUCGCCAAAUACCCGGCUCUUAUGCUAAAAACGAAAAACACGGGCUCAGUAAAACCUUGCCAAAGAAUUCUCGAUACUUCUCUGCUUCGGACCGCAAUGUAAACAGCUCCGAUUCGGAAUCUGGACCGAGCUCAAGCGAACAAGAAUUUUGGCGUAAUAGUUACUGCUUGGAGAAGACACGUAGGAAACGUGUUAGAAAGAAGGGAAAUUAUCGUGCGAAACAUUAUUUGGGAGAAAGUGAUCCUAGUGAACAUUCAGAUCCUGGUUAUAUACGGUACAAUGAAGAAUUUCCGAGCCAUAUUUGUUGUUCGUCUGCAGACUGCGAAUAUGAACAACAGAGGUCACGCUUGUCUGUUUAUGGUCUUAACAAUCGUAAAAAGAUUUCAACGAGUCUUACUUCUGUUAGCUCGAUCGAUGACGAGGCUUGCGCGUUUGGAACUGGCUUUACGUUUAACCGUAUUUCACCGCGUGGAAGAGGUAAAUCACGUAUUUCUAAAAUAAACGUCAAGUCAUUUUCUACUGUACAACUUAACCCGUCUCGAUUAACGCGUGCAACCAGUUCAACUGGUGACAUUGGAAUUCGUGAUGGGGCCCAUUCGCGAUUGUGUGCUAUUGAAAAGAAUGGAAUAAAAUCAGUGACGAGAAAAACGACUAAAGACAGUCCUUCUGUCUCUGUGACUGUAGAACUGAGUGACAGUUCGUGUACAUCACCAUCUUUAAAGAAGAGUCCGUUUAAUUCACAUAUAAGAGGAAGAAAAUCUUCAGUUAGUGGGAGUGAGACUACUCCUUCCACUACACCAGUGCCCAGAAUAUGUACUCCAGAAAUUGUAGAUGAUAAAUUUCAGGCACCUGCUUCUAGAAGUUUCAAGACUAUUUGUUCACCUGUCUUGCAAAGUCCUGGUGUUUUUAUUUCAGAUGAAGGGGAACUAAACACUUGUACUGAGGAGGGUGCAAAAGAACUCCAAAAUUUGAUCGAAAAUUUAGAAAAAGAUGUGGAAUCAGAAGUUAGUACUGAAAUAAAGAGACCUGAUCUGUUAGAAACAAGUACUGCUAUUAAUACAGAAAAUGAUACCAAUGACGAUAUUCAAGAUGCCACAAGUCUCGAGAGUAUGGUUGCUUCACCAACUGAUAGUAAAGAUUUGCAUUUAUCCAAUGAAGAUGACUUACCAGUAACACCAGGUGGAGGGAGUAGGUCGUCAUCUUUUCCAUUUGGGAGAGAUGUAUCAUAUUCCAUUCAGAAAACAUUUGUAACACUUAAUAACAUACAAGAAGAAGAUGAGGCUGGGCAAUCAGAUGAAAGCACUGGACAAUUUCGUAGGAGACGAGAGUCUCUGCCUAAAACUUUACGUAGGCCAUCAUAUGUGAAAGCACAAUCAAGUAAUAAUCAAAUUGCCCCAAAAUCAGAGGAAGAAAAGAAUAUGGAACCAGGGAGUAGAACCAAACCAAAUGGUAAAGAACAUCAUGUCUACUGUAGUGAGGAGAAACAUGAAAAUGAACAAAUUAAACAAGGAGAAGAGUCAAAGACCAACGUUAGUGAUGACAAUGAAAAUAGCAGAAGACGAGAAAAGAAAAUUGAAAGACCUCGAAUUCCAACUAUACUUAUGAAUCUUGACAAAGCUCUUGAUGAAUUUUUUGAUGAUGUGAAGAAUCAACAAGCUAAUGGAGUCGUUGAAGCAAAGAAAACCGUUUCGAGGCAAGAAAGUGCUCCACAACUACCAACCAAUGUUACAGUGUCUGGCGAAUAUCGAGAACCUCGCAAGCGCAGUAAUUCUAUAGAUGACCCAAGUACAACGGUAAAGCUGAUCGCCUCUGAAGCAGACUCGACGUAUAUGCAGAGAGCUGAUGGCAAAGUGGAACGAAGACAUGAAAAGAAUGAUCAAAAUGAUAUUGAUAAAUCACUUGAAAUUCUUGAUGAACUUGUUGUGGAAUUGAGUGAGAAACCUGGUAGUCAAGAACGACCGGCGUUGUCACGUAAUGUUGAUGGUAAGAGCGCUGGCUCUGCAAGUGAUGUGGUAAUGUCACCCAGUCCUAGUCAAACUAGUAUUAACAGUGAGAAAUCAACAUCAGGAAGUGAACACAUUGGUAAGGAUGUUGGUGUGUCUCCUCUAUCAGAAAUCUAUCCCAGUCGUUAUCACAGUGACCCUACACCACGAGUGAAAGAGGACUACACAACAAUACAAGAGACGAUUACUGAAUAUGAUAUCAAAGCCAGAAACAGUAACAGCGAACCUGCAAUUAAUGGCAAACUAUUGGAACAAGCAGCAGAUCUUGCGAAGGCAAAAGCUGCGGAACGUGAGGAGAACGCUGAACAGAAAAAUAAUAUUGAGCCUGCGACUUCAAGUCCUGCAGAUUUGGCUAGCAAUGCACAACCACAACAGAAAUUGAGGCGAAGAGAAAGUGAGAAAGCUCGACGGAGACAAGCUGCGAAGGUUGCUGCUCAAAUUGAAGCAAAUGCCAAAGAAACAAAACAUGAUGAUGGUGAUGCGGAUGGAGAAUCUGGUGAAAAGACUGGUGACCAGCCAAUCACAGAACAUCAUACUUGGCCGAGGACAAAAACGGAGCCUGAGCCUGGAGAAACACAAACUGGAAAGAAGAAGAAGGCUUCAAAAAGUGAGAUGCGAUGGCAUGUUGUUCAAAACUUGAUAGAAACUGAACAAUCUUACGUGCAAGCUCUGCAGUACCUGGUCAAGGAAUACUUGAAUCCACUGCGGAAGAGCGAAGGAAUUGUUGAACCAGCUUUGGUGAACGAAAUGUUCUAUCAAAUUCCAGAAAUUUUAAAGUACCAUGAAGGAUUUCUUAAACAACUGGCAGUACGUGUUCAAGACUGGAGUGACAAUUCUAAACUUGGCGACAUUUUUGUUUCAGCUUUCACCAAGUGUGUACUUGUAGAUGCAUACAGUCAAUUUAUCAACAACUUUCUACGUGCGAGAACAGCAGUUCGUUCGGCAGCAAUGGCGAAACCAGGAUUUUCAAAGUAUUGCGAGCAACGUUCACGUGAUCACAAAGAGAAACUUACGUUACAAGAUUUAAUGAUCAUGCCAGUUCAAAGGAUUCCCAGAUAUGAGCUAAUUAUAAUGGAUUUAUUAAAGUACACACCUGCGGAACACCCUGACCACGGGAACCUGCUCUCUGGACUGGGUGAAAUCAAGACGUUGGCAGAACGAAUGAAUAAGGGAGAGCAGGAGAUCGAUCAGGCGGAGAAAGAGGCAGAAAGGCUGAGAGAUAUGGAGGCGUCCAUUGAGGGCAUCAGUGGACUUGUACUGCCAAGACGAAAGUAUAAGAGGCAAGAUUUGGUUGCAGAAAUGAAAGGAGGAUUGUCAAAGAAAGAUAGAUGCUUGUUUCUAUUUUCGGACCUGUUGGUAUGUGUCACAGUCAAGCGAAAGCAGACCUCUCUUCGCAGAGGUUCUCUCAGUCUAUUUUCUGGCCAAUCUGCAGCCGAGAUGAACAAAUACAAAUAUCUGUGGCAGUCUCCGUUGGAUGAUGUGGAACUCUUAACAACUGACGGUGAUCUGAAAAGUCCUUUGAAGAAUCCUGACCAAACCUACCGUGAGAAAUUGGAGCAGGAUCUAAAUACUGUGGGCACUAUCAGCAAACUGACUGAGUCCGUCUCAGUUGCACAUCAGACGCUUGACGAUGCCAUACGCGAUCUUGCAUCAGAACUUAACCGCUUACUUGUGGAACACCAUUCACAACGUUCUUCAAAUGCAACAUUUAUGUCAUAUGAAAAUACUGUGGUUCUGAACGUCGGAUCAAGAGAACCUGAAAAAUACACGUUCGUGUUUCUCAGUAAAGAAAUUAAAUCAUCUUGGGAAGCCUAUUUCCUGGAUGCCAAACAACAACUUGCUUACGCAAAGGAUUCUUCGCCAAACUUUCAAAACGCCAUUCCAAUCAACAAAUCCAGAAGUGGCUUGCAGUUCACGUGCGCUUCACCAACUGUUGCGGCACGUUUGACAAAGCGAGGGACACAUUGCGGAUCUGGGGAUUUAUGGGUUGCAAGUAGUGAUGGUUGUGUUGGUCAGGUCUCCAUGUUGUCUCCGCUUAGAGAAUUUGAGCAAGGGACCACAUAUUCACCAUGUCAAGCUCGUAUUCUAUCAAUCUCACCAGUACCAGGCUGGAAACUAGCUGGAAUAAACACGACGAAUGUUGAGUACGAAUUUAAAGAUCCAGUGGAGAGUAAUAACUCAACAUUACGAAGCAAAUUAUCGGGAUAUAAUUCCGAUGAAAAUAUAUCAACUAGUCGACGAAAUGUGACAACAUCAAAAGCUGGACGAGAGGAGAUUAUUGCAUUUGAUAGUAGUACAGACGACGAUGAUAUGGGUGAUGAUUCAUAUGCUGCCUCACCCUCCCCUCCCUCAUUCGAUGGACGUCUCAGCCCAGAAGGUAGCAGUCUGGGUACAGCCGGAAGUUUAGACGGAGAUCUUAGUAGUGAUGGUCGAGAUGAUUCUGAUUAUCACGAAAAUCAGUCGACAGAUGACGAAGGCAAAUCGAGACGAAGAUCGGAGAAAAAAGAUCUUGACACUCACUGUGACGACGCUGACGAGGCAAACCAACAACCAACUGUGUGGAUGGGAGCUGAAGAUGGAUAUAUCUACAUAUUUCCAGUAACAAGUGCCGUAAAACAACGGCGAAAUAAGACUAAGAUACAGAAAGGUUCACCCGUACAAUGCAUAUUAUACGUAGAGAAUCAGGUUUUUGUCGGGUUAGCUAACGGGGAUCUCUGUGUGUAUAAACGUUCACCAAAUUAUACUUGGGAAAUUAACACACCAAGAAACAUCACGAUAUCAAGCAACGCCCGUAUUACUUGUAUGACUGCGGUAUUAGGUCGACUCUGGGUUGGCUGUAAUAACCAAGUGGUCAUUGUUAAUACCACGACCUUAGAAAUAGAGACAAAGUUCAAUGCGAGUGUUGACAGCAGUCGUUCACUUCAUGCCAUGGCAAGUUCCGGUAUGGGAGUUUGGAUCUCUGUACAAAGUUUAUCUGUCAUUCGCCUGUACCACGCUAGCACAUUUGAACAUUUGGCUGAUGUUGAUACGAAGGAUGCAGUUCAUAAAAUGCUUGCAGGUUCUGACGCUAUAAUUAAGCAGCACAAAGCCGCGUGCUUACGUGUCACAGCAUUACUCACAUGUAAAGACUUGCUCUGGAUUGGUACGAGUGCUGGAGUUGUACUAACAUUGCCGUUACCAAUCAUUGCACCAAAUGCAACCUCGGUCCAGGCCCCUCUUGACGUCUCCGCCUCAAGCCAGGGACACACUGGACAUGUGCGCUUUUUAACCGCUGUCGAAAUAGACAAGCCCGAGGAAAAAGAUGAGUCAAGCAGUGGUCAAUCUGCGAACAGAUCACCUCGUCGUUCGCAGCUCAAUAUUGAGAAAGCUAAUCUUCCCUUUCCCAGUGAAAAUAUCUUUAUUAUUAGUGGAGGAGAUGGUUAUGAAGACUUUAAAUCUACUGCGAAUGAAUCUGCUGGACGUGAAGACAGUACCAACCAUUUACUUAUUUGGAAAGUCUAGUCCACGGAUCUACAUAUGCAUGUAUGAACUGCUACACAGACGCCGUGUACUGUGCUACGUACGGAAUUACGCAAUAGGCCGCGUAGCUUGUCAGAGAUAUAUAUUGCGCUGUCAGCAAGUCUCUUUUCAAGGAUAUAUAUGGGAUGUUAAACUCGUAUUAUAGUCAAAUCCUGGAGCAUACUGCUUGCAUCUUGUUAAAAGUAAUUAUGAGGCAGGAAACUAAGGAUAUAAUAGAAUGUUAUAACUUUUCUAUCAUGACAGACCAACUGUUUUCUGAAUUAACACGAGGAGCUUCAUUUCAGCAUGUGAUCCCUCUCCUUCGCAGAGGCCCUCGUUCUUUUAAAUUACGAGGCACAGACGCGCUGGCAACCUAUGCGCAUGACCCCUCAGUAAUAAUCUCAUGCUCAGUAAAUAGACAAAUUCGAAUUGGUCUUGGAUUAAAUGGUUUGGUUGAUUACUGAUCGACGCACUAAAAUUACUAGAAUGACACGCUAGAAGUUUCCUAGCUUAGCGAUCGCCGUAUAUUCCAGUCCAACAUGACGUCUCUGCGGAGAAAAGAGGAUCUGAUUCACUAAUUGUUAUUAUUACAAUAUCUGUCGUCGAUUGACCUCGCCUCGACAAACAACCUCGACAAAAUGCUAUUAACUCUUCCUCGUGUAGGUUCAAGUUACUUCUAGAAAACUUUGCAUGGUUGCUACGCACAAAUGUUCCUCUCAAGGACGCAUGUAUAGCACAAGAUGUAAGAAUUUGGUAUAGAAUUAUAUAUAGACCUAGUCUUCUGUACAUAUUAGCAUACAUUUUAUAUCCAAUUAUCCAUUAUUUUAUUGCACAAGAAAUAAAGAAUGUAAGGAUUUGUGUUUACAAUGCAUCUUGAGCUGAGAUUAUUAAUUGCAGUGCAUAUCUUGAGAUCUUUAGGUCUAGUGUUUGUGAGGACCUAAUAAAGAGAUAAUAUUAUGAGCAAAAGUUAUACAAUUACAAGACAAUAAGUUCAUUCCUAAAGCUAACCGAUACAUCCAUGUAUUUUGCAAUCAACGGAGAUGUUAGAAAAUUGUACCUCCCAUAUUGGGAAGUUCAUUAAAAUCACGGUUCAGUUCUGUAAUGUAAUUACUGGAAUGGAUUAUUCUGCAUGUUCAUAUUGUUACAA